AAUCAUGACAGAGUGUCCAAACACAGAAAACUCCCGGUGAAGCGACUGAGAUCCACAAGACACUAUUAUAAAGAUGGCAUUUAUUAAAGAGGAGAGUGAAGAAAUGAAGAUUGAAGAAACAUUUAGAGUGAAACAAGAAGAUACUGAGGAACAAACAGACCGGAUGGAGCUAAAAGAGGAGAGUCAAGAACUGAAUGGGAUGGAAGUGAAAGAUCAUUUUGAUGAACAUCAUGCUUGUAAAACUGAAAAAAAAUCUAUUAGUUGCUCACAGACAGAAAAGAUGCCAAUUAGAAGUAAUUUCACCUGCUUUCAGUAUGGAAAGAGUUUUGAUCAACAAGGAAAUCUUGAGGUUCACAUGAGAACUCACACUGGAGAGAAGCCUAACACCUGCCAACAGUGUGGAAUAAGUUUCACUGAAAAAGGAAGCCUUAAAGUCCACAUGAGAAUUCACACUGGAGAGAAGCCUUUUGCCUGUCAAGAGUGUGGAAAUAGUUUCAUUCGAAAAGGAAGUCUUAGGAGCCACAUGAGAAUUCACACUGGAGAAAAGCCUUACACCUGCCCUCAAUGUGGAAAGAGUUUUUCACAUAGGCCAACUCUUAAUGCCCACAUGAGAACUCACACUGGAGAGAAGCCUUACACCUGCAAACUGUGUGGAAUACGUUUCAGCCGAAAAGGAAACCUUACAGUCCACAUGAGAAUUCACACUGGAGAGAGCCACUACACCUGUCAAGAGUGUGGAAAAAGUUUUUAUCGAAAAGGAAGCCUUAAAAGCCACAUGAGAACUCACACUGGAGAAAAGCCUUACAUGUGCCCUCAAUGUGGAAAGAGUUUUACACACAGACCAACCCUUAAUGUCCACAUGAAAACUCACACUGGAGGGAAGCCUUUCGCAUGUCUUCAGUGUGAGAAGUUUUUCACACAUCAAAGAGACCUAAAACAACAUUUGCAAACUCAUUCUGGAAAGAAAUUGAUGUGUCCCUCAGUUUAGCAAGAGGCUUACAAAAUAGAGCAGUUUCAUACUACACAUUCACUGCAGGGAGAUCAUUUAAUUU